GGUAGAUAGCGAGCGGUUAAGUUAAGACCUAAAAGUACACAGAAUUCGCGCUCCACGCGGAGGAUUCUUUACAAAGGCAGGGCAGGUGAAAGGAUUACCGUAUGAGAUGAAAUUCUGAUACAUUUCUCGAGCCUAGCAGUUUCACGGCACCGUUAGCUCAAGCACCAGUGACACUUUGAAUCUUAGACCAUUCAACAUGUUCGCGCAGGUGUUACAGAUAUUGUUGAGUGCAACAAUUCUGAGCACUGUAGCAGAACAAGCAUCCAACAUAGAAUUCAACAACGAGAGGAAAAGUGGAAUUAACAACUUGAAUGCAAAUGAUUCUCCAGAUGAAGACAACAAUCAGAUAGUUCGUAGAUCGCUACUAAAUGAAAAAGUAACACAAAAUGAGGACAUUUACUACAGAACUUUUUACGGUUAUAGCAGCGAAACCACUACAAAGCCUAAUAAUCAACAUGAUAUUGAUACCGAAUCGGUGGAUUAUAAGGGGCGUCAGGAAUUGACCACAAUUCCGUCCUACCAAGACAACUCCUUUGUGGAUGAAAGGGAUUUGACCGUUGAAGAAUCAAUAGGAUUCGGUAACAGAAAGUCAAAAAAGUACGAGAAAAAUCCAACAAAUCAGGAUUUAUACACUAAUUCGAACGAUAAAAGAUUUACUUAUUCUAAACAACCCAAACCAAGUUCUUACGAUAAAGUAAACGACUAUGACGAUGCAUUUCUGGAAAUACAAAAUUUAGGAUCGUUCGGAUCGAAGCUACAUUUGAAAGCGAAUGAACCAAAACGAAAUAACCAGAAAACACCAUCACCCAUAAACGAUGUUAUUACAUUUAAUUUGAAGAAGAGGAAGAAGCCGUCCAGACUAAUUCCAAAUACAAACGAAAUAAUUACAGGUUUGGAUGUAUUAAAUAUUAAUGAAGCCAUAACAAGUGACGAAGAUAAUUCAGAGAAGAACACCAAACUUGGUACUAAUAACGACAAUGUAAUUCAAAACGCUACUGAAAAUAUCGAAUCAUAUAUCCAAACCGACGACCAUAACAAAGAUGUGUACCAUACAGCAGCUCAAUCAAUCACAGACAACCGUGUAAGUCAAGUGAAAUACAAUGGAGAUUUCUUCCAAAAACCUCUUGUUGAGGAUAACUUAGCAACCGAUACAACAAUUUCCGAAGCAGUCACGCCAGAGUAUAGAGUGACCAAGAUAUCUCAACACAAAGUUACCAAUUUAUCUAAAAAUCCCAUUGUAGUCCCAGACAUAGAAGCGACAAUAGGCAAAAGAGUGACUCCAACUCAAUAUUAUUUUAAAACAACAUCUUACACAUUAAAACCAUUUGCCUUGGCAGAAGCUUUGAAAGGUAAUUUUACUGAUAAACUCAGUGGAUUUAAGGAUACAAAGUCACGUGUCGUGGUAGAUAUACAAAAAAGCGUCCCGAUUUAUUUAGGAUCAAUCACAAAAUACCUUAGGAACAAUUUCAAUAAUAAUAAUAAUAAUACAUUGGAUAAAAUCAGUGUGUAUCCUCAACAGAAAAACAGAAACUCGGUGGAGCCAAACUUGCAAAACAAUCUGUUUCCAGUUGAACCUAUCGCUGAUGAUAAGGUUAAUUAUACCGAAACCCGCUUGCCACCUCCAUCCUAUGUUCCAUAUCAGUUUGAAGUAAUAACACCAUCACCAACACCACCUACCGGCAAUAUUCAGAGUGAAAGUAAUGUAACAGAAGAGUACGUACUUUUACCACUGGAUGAUGCAGCGAAUUCUCAAAUUGCUCCUCUCGAUUCUUCUUCAGAAAGCAAGGAGGUCCAACCAAAUUUGUAUUUUGUACCUCAAUUGGCCCAAAAUAAUACCCUUACUGAUUAUAAUAAAGACACGAGAUAUUAUGAAGACAAAACAAAUGAUAAUUAUAACAGAAACCCUGAUGAUUAUCCCCAGUAUUUCACGUACACUCUACCACUACCUACUGAACCUCCAAGACUGUUAAACGUCCCGUUGAAUAAGCAAGUACUACUACCAGAAGUACAUCGCCCUGCUGGAAAUAAUAAUUUAUUCCCCUAUAUGACACCCUAUUCUGUACCACAACCAAUUAAUCAACACCAUUACCUUGAUUCGUUUUUGACAUUUCAACAACCUCCACCAGUUAACAUUCCUCCUGCUAUAAGACAUUCUUAUUUCCCCGCUUUACCAAGCAACGCAAAACCAGAAGAACCGAAGGUUCUGCCCGCUUUGCCUUUGGAGUUCUUCCAAAUUCAUUUUCCCAAUUUUAACCAAAACAAGGAUUUCAAACGAGGAAGGUAUGACUAUCCCAAGAUUAACGUGCCAAAUUUUAGAAAAAAUAGAGCCAAACAAGUGGUGAAUCAUCGGUAUCCUGUUCAUCCACCCGCAACUACACAAUCACCUCCUGCUUUUACUAAAACCGUUCACCAACCAAAUAAUAAUUAUCAAAAUAAUCCUAGCAAUAACAUUAAUAACAACAAUAAUUUGAAGUUACAAAGACCUGCCGAUCUUGAGUCAUCAAACAGCGCAAAAAUUGAACACUACGGUCAUAAUUUCCGUAGUAACAGGAACGCCAGACACAAUUUUGAUAACGUUAAAAUGGAGUACGGAUUUAUGCCUCCACUGAUACCAUCUAUGCAAAUAGAUGAAUAUGGAAGACCAAUAGAAGACACUAAAUCAUAAUCUUAUUACGUCUCAUAUAUUCCGUUUCUACUUCAUCAGUUAAUCAAACCUUGAUCGAGUUUUGAAGUUAUUUAUUUUAACAUAAACAGCAUCUCAAAAAACAAAAGGAAAACCUUGAUUUGUUGCAAAAUUAGAAGAUAUGUUUUCCUGUCUUUGUUUUCCAAUCCGAAGCAUUGAUAUUAAUUCAUUGAUCAUAAAAUAAACAUAUCGUCGGAUAAAGACGAGGAGAUUGUUUAACUUUUAACUAAAUGUCUCGACCCUAAAUAAACCUCGUGGACACAAAAACUGUACUAAACUACUUAGUUCAUUAGUUUUAUAAUUGCCACAUACUAUAUGUUUUAUGAACUUAGUUUUAUAAAAAAGUGCCUAAAUAAGCUAGUCAUAGGCCUAUAUGUUGACGUCCUGCGGAAUAACUAGAAUAACUCCUAGGUUUGACCAGCGCCUUUAGACAAACGCCGAAAUACUUCUUUACGAUUAAAUUAUAAAUCAAGGCAACCUCAUAGAGAUAAACAUAAUGAAAAUAUUAUCUUAUUUGCGACUUUUAUUUGAGGUUUCAGCAAUUUGUGUUAAAAAUGACAUUACAGUGAGUGUAUGAGAAAAUUCUAUCCGAUAUUGUCUUGUCAUUUGUCCACUAACUAAAAAACAAAAUAACAUUCUGAAUGUAAAUUGUGUAUAUACGAUGUUUAUACAUCGCUCAAUGCGCUUAUUUUUUCUUUGGUUAGUUCGUUCCAUCAAGUCAAUGACCAUUACAAGUAUUUUUUAGUAAACAGUAUGAAAUAGCGAUUUAAUAAAUAGCAUUUAAGAUAGAAUGCUAAAAACUAUAACAUUCGUACAACACGCGCUAAAAGAAAAUAGUUAUUGCUCUCACCACUACUAAUUAUCUAUUUUUGUUUCAGUAUUUUCUGGUCAGAUUUUGGUUAGUUCGAAUUAUUACAAUGUAUUUUGGGGUUUGCCUAAAGGAGUUAGUUAAACCUGGGAUUGACC